AUGGCAGAUGACCACGACGACAGGGACCGCACCGACAAUCAUCCGUGCAAGGAUAAUUUGCAUCAUCAUUCUCAGGUUGCAGUCUCACGCGCCGCCUCAAAGGGGAGGUAUGCAAGGUUUAAAGAGAAUUUGAAUGCCAAGGCAGAGCAGACAAAGCAACACCACCAUCAAGUUGCCGUCUCAUGCGCCGCUUCAAAAGGGAGGAGUCGAGCUGGUUGGAUGUCCAAGGAGAGGAGCACUCCUGAAGGUAUCAACAUGAAGGAACAUGGUUGGAGGUUUCGGUUCCCCUUCCCUGAACUCCCGAAGUCGACUUAUCGUGGUGACCUGAAUUCCAUUGGAAGGCCAGUUGUAAUGAAACAGAGGAAACCUCUGGAGGUGAGGAACGCUCGCCGUGAAAGAAGAGUCGCGGCAAAACAAAAGGCUGCGCGCUACCAUGCGGAGGUGGCCCUGCGUAAAUACAACAGAGCAAACAACACCAAGUUUGAGCUAGUGGAGGUAAAAGUGAUAUCUAUAUUUUCCGAGUUCGGAGGGGCUGGGGCCCAUUAUAACUUCACAGCUAAGCAGCCUGAGGACCAGCAUUCUGUUGAUGCUGACAGUACCAAGCUAUUCUUCUCCGAAGUUAACCUCGAUUUUCGGAGUGAGAAUGAUGUGAUCAUGAGCUGUAUAGUUGGGGAAAAUGAUGCAGGCCAUUGCUACGGAUGCGAAAACUACCAGCCUGUGAUUCACCCAAGCAGCCAAGCAUACGGCGGCGGUAGUAGUACUUGUAUUGACUACCCUUAUCCGGACAGCGAGAGCUCAGACAGCGAUUAGUAACAUAACACUUGAAGCUGCUUGGUGACUACCGCCGGCUUGUAUCUGUGUCUUGGCUUUGCCCUUGUGUGAGUAUCUAUCGCAGAGAGUAGUUGAAGUUGAGAGACGUGCCAUGGGAUGGAAAACUGAGCUCUAACUAGUUGUUGUCAUGUGUUGUGAACGAUCAGAUAAUGUCAUAUUUACUCUCCUGGCCAAUCAUUGGGUCCGUUUGGAUCCUAC